AAAGAAGAUGGCGACCGUCGUAGAAAGAGUUGACGGAUGUGUUGGAUCGUUGGAUCCAGACUCGGUGUCUUUGAGACAGUCCACCCCUCCUCCGGAUCAGCAGCACCAGAACAACCCUCUGCUGGGUCUCCCCAUCGUGGCCAUUGAGAAUAUUCUGAAUUUUCUGUCGUACGACGAGAUCAGCCUGCUGCGCGCGGUGUGUAAGCGCAUGGACAUCAUCUGUCAGCGCGUCCUGAAUCAGGGUUUCCUGAAGGUGGAGCGGUACCACAGCCUUUGCCAAAGGCAAGUCAAGGCCCAGCUGCCCAGGCGGGAGUCUGAGAGGAGGAACCAUUCACUGGCUCGUCACGCAGACAUCCUGGCAGCUGUAGAGACGCGGCUCUCUUUACUCAACAUGACCUUCAUGAAAUACGUCGACUCGAACCUCUGCUGCUUUAUUCCUGGAAAGGUGAUAGAUGAGAUUUACCGUGUGCUGCGCUAUGUGAACUCCACCAGAGCCCCCCAACGAGCUCACGAGGUCCUCCAGGAGCUGAGGGACAUCUCCUCCAUGGCCAUGGAGUACUUUGAUGAAAAGAUUGUCCCUAUUCUGAAAAAGAAGCUGCCGGGGACCGACUUAUCUGGCCGGCUCAUUGGUUCGGCACCAGUGGCAGGUCCAUCUACCUCCUUGACCACCAUGUCCCUGCUGGCCAAGAACACACCGUCGCGCUCCGAGAUGACCAAGGUGCAGCAGCAGGUGAAAGUGAACGGAGCUUCAAUGACGGUACUGCGGCGAGAGAUGCAAGAAAUUCGUGUCAAGCAGCUGGAGCAGCAGAAACAGCUGCAGGACCAGGAGCAGAAGCUGCUGGAGCAGAGUCAGGUGAUCGGCGAGCAGAACGCUCGCCUCGCUGAGCUUGAGCACAAACUCCGCGAACUCCUGGACAGCAACGCUGCUGUAAUAGGAGGGUCCAGACCUCCCACAGCAGUCCCCUCCACAUCCAGCUCUUCUGCUGCAUCUUCCACCGUUGCCAACACGUCUCCCGCUUCGUUGACGAGUGACAGCUUGGCUGUAGCCUCACCCAAAGAACUGGAAGGCGAGGGCAGCUCGUCGCUUAAACGCAGCAGAAAGAGCUCAGACCUUCCACGACAUUCCAAACGACUGCGCAGCAGGAAAUGAGGCCGUGCGUUACUAAAUCUUUCUCGUUGGUUUCUAUCGCUGACUGAUCAC